GGACCCGGUCCCUGUGGCCGACACCGCCCCUUCCCACGGGGCCCGGCGGGUUCCGGACCUUCCCGACUGUGGACUGCGCGGUGGGAGCAAUCUCACCCCCGGCGAACCGUGAGGCUGGGCUGAGCGGACCCUCGCGGCCGCUCCGGACACCCCGGGUGCCGGAGCGCGGACAUCCUGGGUCCGGACUAAGCGCGUCCCGGGCGCCCAGCGGUGCCAGCUCACUCGGGCAGGGCCGGGCAGACCCCCGCGGAGCCCGCCGAUCUGAACCGGACAGAGCGAAUCCCUGGCGGUGCCCAGCCUGGGGAAUGCGGGGCGUGGGCUGAGGGGAUCCCGGCGCCCUCCGAUCGCUCCGACGUUGGCUCACGCGCUGGGACUGGCCUGGUGUCGCCUCGGUCGCCCUGAGCCCGAGUCACCUGUGGCCUGGGAGAUCCGAGACCGCCGGCCCCCUGCACAUUCCCCCCAGGCGGGGGUUGGGGGAGAUUUUUUCUGUCCCCCAUCCUUGGAGCACGGAGGCCCCGCCCCCUCCCACCACCCUGAUGUCUCCCGCGGCUCUGAGGACCUCCCUGAGGCCUGGGGCCGAUGGGUCCAGAGAGAGAAGCCCACCCUAGGGAGCCUUGGGGGCCCCCCAACCUCGUCUUGGGGCUUGGCCCCCGACGCUGCUCGGAAGGAAGGCCGGUGCCCCCACCCUUGGGGGCUGCCCUCCUCCUUUACAGAGCUGCCCACAUCUGGAACCCCCUCCACACCUGGAAGACCCUGGCCACCAUUCUUCUGCAGCUGUCAGUUGCAUCCCCAGACCGCUGCCUUUACAACUGCCUAGGAGUUGUGAGGGGAUUACUGCUGCCUUCCCCCCAUCCCAAGGGCAUCUCUUACCCUUAGUCCCUGCAGAGUCAUCCCCCUGCCUCUGUGUCCAGGCUCAGCCAGAGAUCAGUUCAGCAUAUCCGCUGGGACUUCAAGUCCUGGAGGCCGCUUCUGAGACCCAAGGCCCCUCCCCCUGCCCUCCUGUGUCCUCACCUUGACCCCCUCUGUCAGACUUUGUCUCCCUCUGGGUGUUCCAUUCCCCACCCAGAGGCAGAGGAGGCAGGUGGUAGGGGGCAGGGACUGGGUGACGGCCACCCAGGGCCAGAGUGAGUUGGGGGGCCGUUAAGAUGUGGAGCUCUGCCCGGCCGAGGGGGGCUCAGUGGAGGCAGACGCAGUGUGUGCCUGGCUGGGGGGAGUAUGGGCAGGCCUGCGGCCACCUGGUGAAGGAUGAACAUUCGGGGCACCCCGGACCUCGGGCAGCCCAGUGACGACCCCAGCAGCGGUGGCGAGCGGGAGAGGAUUCGACAACGCAUGAAGAUGGUCAUCGGACAGCUUGAGGGCAUCCUGCGGGAGCUCAAGGAGGUGGCCAAGGAGCUCAGGGAGGUGGUGAGCCAGAUCGAUAAACUAACCUCGGACUUCGACUUUGAACUAGAGCCGGACGACUGGACCACGGCCACUGUGAGCAGCACCUCCAGCAGUGACAAGGCGGGUGUGGGCGGCCCCUUUGACCUGGGCCACUUGGACUUCAUGACAGCUGACAUCCUCUCGGACAGCUGGGAGUUCUGCUCCUUCCUGGACGUCUCCACCCCCUCGGACUCCGUGGAUUGCCCCGAGUCCACAAGGCCAGGCGCCGGCCCUGACUACCGGCUCAUGAACGGCGGCAUGCCCAUCCCCAAUGGGCCCCGGGUGGAGACCCCGGACUCUUCCAGUGAGGAGGCCUUCAGCGCUGGUCCUGCCAAGGGUCAGCUGCCCCAGCGGACCCCGGGCACGCGGGAGAGAGUGCGGUUCAGUGACAAAGUGCUCUACCAUGCCCUGUGCUGUGACGAUGAGGAGGGGGAGGAAGAGGAAGUAGAGGAAGAGGAGGUGGGCCUGCCCCCAGAGCCACCCCGUUCAGAGGCCCACGCAGGCCCCCUCAAGGCCUCUCCAGCACCCUACAAGUCAAGGCGCUCUCCACUGACUGGCCGCCACUCAGGCCCCACCUUGGCCCCUGAGCAGACCCGAAGGGUCACAAGGAACAGCAGCACCCAAACGGUGUCAGACAAGAGCACACAAACAGUGCUGCCCUACACGUCCACCAGACAGAAAGCCAAGGGCAAAAACUAGGGGCCAGGGAGGGGACUGGGGGGAGGUGGGUAAAUAGAACUAUAAAUAUAUAUAUAUAUAUAUAUUUAAACAAAUGCAGUCAUAAUAAAACUUAAAAAUGCUAA